GCCCGCGCGCUCAUUGGCUCGCUCCCGCGGCCCAGGAGCGCGCACGCCGCCACCACGGCUCCCUGCAGCGGCUCUGGAAGUGGCUCCGUCGGUCGGCUUCUGGCCCUUGCCUUCGCGGCCUGCAAGUCCGGGUCUGCCCGGGAAGGAAGAAGGGAGGAGGGAAGGAGGGAGAGAGUGAGCCGGCUGCCCUCUCGCGGGGAGGGGCCCCAGCCCCGGCCUGCUCGCCCGCCCGCCUCCCGGACCUGAUCCGCCGAAGAAGCAGCACCGCCUCAGAACCAUAUUGCUGAAAGAGACCACAAGGGCCAUCCAAUUCAACCUCUUCUCAUACAAGGGAACACACAAUCAAAGCAAGUUAAAAUCAAGAAAAUGAUGCAUCCUGUUGCAAGUGGUAACUCCCCUUUCUGUGGGACUGGAAAAAGUUCUUGUCUUAAUGAUGACAACGGAACACCGACUGACCAAUUUGAUUUAUAUUCCACACAACAGACAAAGUAUGGCCACACAGUCAGCCACAAGCCAAUACCAUGCCAGAGACAAGAUCCAUUAAAUGAGCCACAUUUGCAGACCACAAGUGGCAGGAGUAUAGAGACAAAAGAUGAACUGAAGAAAAAGAAAAACCUCAACAGAUCUGGUAAACGUGGAAGACCUUCGGGGACCACAAAAUCAGCGGGAUACAGAACAAGCACAGGUAGACCGCUGGGAACCACCAAAGCAGCUGGAUUUAAGACAAGUCCAGGCAGGCCCUUGGGUACAACUAAAGCUGCAGGAUACAAAGUCAGCCCAGGGAGACCUCCAGGUAGCAUUAAAGCCCUCUCACAGCGUGCUAAUCUAAGUUAUACUUGUAGCAGUGCAGCCUUUCCUUACUCUGUGGUCCAUAACAGAGCUUUGCAUGCUGCUGGUGAGACAAGCAGUAAAAUCAAGCAACCCACUGAAUGAAGAAGGAGCAAUCUGAACAGUAAUUCUUUUUUAAAUUAUCCAAUUUGUGGCAUGUUUUUUUCACUUCUUUUGUAACUUUUCCAUAACUAACUUUUCUUCUGUUUUAUUUUUUUAAGAUGACAUAUCAUAAUCAUAUAUGUUUCUUGUAUUUAGAAGUGGACUCUUCAGUGAUGCCCUUGUUUGUUUUCAGAAAGUAAUUACUAAUAUUCUAAGUGACAAAACUUUUGUCUGACCAUCUCAGCUAAGUGGUUAAUAACAGACUGAAAUAAAGGAAUUCUGUCUCCUAUGUUAUUUAAAGUCACAAUAAAUUCAAAAUUAUAUAAAAAUAGACUAACAGAUGCCAAUCAUCUAGAACUGUUUUACUAAUAAUUAUUCUGUAAAUUUUGCAAUAUAUUUUACCUUUCCCCCCUUUUUUUGUUUAAGUAGGAGAAACUAAACUAAAUUUUCCGUAAUUGCUGGAACUUAACACAGACCUCAAGUAUUUGUAGAUACUUCAAAACUUAAAAAAAUAUAUUUUUCAAAAAGCUGUCAUUCUAGACAGUCAUUGUGUUAUCAGUUUCAAGUAACUCAGUUUUUUCAAGUCAUAUAUAACACCUGAUACAUUUUCGAAGUGCUAUUUUGCCAUUAAAGUUUGGCAACUCUUCUUGAUAUACUAACUAUUGGCCACUGACAUAAACCUAAGACUACACAUACCAAAUUUAAAAAAAUUAAAUAUUUGAAAUAUUUUACAAAUAACUUCUAAAAGUGCUAUCAAAUAUGCAUAUUACGUACAGUCGUAGUUAAGAUUGUGACUAAGAUUUUGCACAUUUUGUGCUUUUAACUUCCAAGUGAUUUAGAUAACCUUGGGCCUCCAUAGAUGUGUACAGCAUUUGGCUUUUAUCACAAAUCUUUCCAUAAAUUUAUUAAUUCCAAGUGAUUUUACAGUAUCUGCAGUUUUUUUAAUACUUGGUGUGGCUUAAACACACCUUUUCAGAUAGAAGAUGUUGUCAUUUUUAAUAAUAUACCAGUAGAAGUCUUAUUAUUUAUCACGCAUACUGUAGCUAAGAGAGCAUAUAUUUACCAAAGGAAGACAUUUCAUGGUUCAUAAUUGGAAAUGAUACAGCUGAUGCACAAGCAAGUUGUACUUUGAUGUGUUUAUAGACCCAGAUAUAUAACAGACUAUAGGAAUACAUCUAUGCAUGGAGGUGCAAAACUAUAAAUACAUUUUCUGACAUUUUAUGCACCUAAAAUAAAUGUUCUACAUUUAGUUGGGUAUGUGUUGUUAUUUUCAAAUGUUUGUAUGAGAAAGGGAUACAAUGUAUAAUACACACAUUACAUUGUAACUGAAGAAAGCUCUCAAUAUUGAGUCUAUUCCAAAUAUUUCUUUAGAAUUAAAGCUUGUCAAAAACUAAGUUUACAUAUAGUUAUAGAUUAUUUUUUGAAUUUUAUCAAAUAUUCAAAUAGACAUGAUAAAGAAGUUAUGGAUACAUAUUUACAAAUUCAUGGGAACAGAAGUAUUUCAGGUUAAUUAGAGAGAUUAAAAUGAAUGGUAUUCUUUUUUUCUUUGUAAAAUAAAAUGUUGUGGCCUGCUGAUGUUUUGAUGUGACAACUGAUUUUUGGUAAUGACAGCUUCAGAAAUGGAUGUCAUUUCAUGCCUUUUUUAUCAGGAAAAAAGCAGCAAGCCUUCAGGUGUUCCAGUGAUGCCUAACUCAUAAUGAGCUGAACUUUCUCCUGUAUUUUAUAAUUGGUGUUGAAUUGUUUUUGGGGGACUUUGUAUGCACUGGCAACCAUGAACCUCAACAGUACUGGAAGGCUCUUUAAUAAUGUAAACAAAUGGCAGCUAAACUGCUAGUAAAAUCGGGCUUUUUUUUUUUUUUUUGCUGAAGCUAUGAAACUCAUAAUAUAUUUCUUCAAGUAACUUUGGAGGUAUGAAACUUAUUUUUCCCCACAGUGGUGCAACUUUCGACACACACAAUGCUAAUGUGAGCUAAUUAACCCUCAGGACAAAUAUUAUGUUGGCUCUUUUUGAUACACAACUUUUUCUCCCAACUGAAAGACUGCUUCAGACUCUUUCUGAUCUUUCUUGGAAAGCAGCUGAAUGUAAAAACUACAAGAAUGACACACAUUUAUGGCAAGGAGCAAAUUGCAUGUCACCAGUGUACCUUUGAGUGACUACUACUUAUCACCUCCUCCUUUUUUCAUUCUAUUCUUUCUUUAACUUCUGAUAUGUUCACCUUCUUAGAGAUGCCAUUCAGCAUUUUGGGAGUUAACAUAAGUGCAUUGUUGUUCUAGUAUAGUGAAUUUUGUAUUCAGGUAUGCUAAGAAAAUAAUGAAAUUAUGUAAGCAAUGUAUGCUCAUUUAUAAUGUUUAUUUUAUGAGAUGGAAUACACCCAUUUCAAAGACUAAUGUUGUCAGUUGUGGAAAAAUAAAAACCCUCUUCCAUUUUUCUAAAGGCAGUUUAACAUCCUGGAUUUGUUAAUGAGGCCAGAAGAACACUGUUGGGCAUUUCCUGAUUACAGUUCAUUUAUCCUCUACUGUGGUUUACAAGUGCCAUGAUGUGGGGGGAAGCAGAAGUCAAGGACCUGAGAUGUUUGAAUGAUAUAUUCAAAUAUUUUUGCUACUCUUGUAUAUAGUCUUCAGAAUACAUUGUGCUCUUCUUUUUGUCACACUGUCUCUUGUCAUGACAAACACUGAAACAGCAUGUUCAUUCUUAUACUUUGAUAUUAUUGGGUAGUUGGGAAGAGGAAUGUCCUUUUUCAUUGUAGUAAUACAUGAUUUGUAAAGCAAAAUGAUAAUUUUAUAUUAGAUACAUUACUUCUGCUUUUAGCUAGGAUUGUUGAUGUGUAUUGGCACUGUUCAGAAAAUCUACAUGUCAGACCUGCUUUGCUUUACUUUUGUUAAAUAUAGCCAUUUCUGUCUUAUCCUUUAAUAAAGCAUUUAAUAUCUUUAAGCAUUAAUGGGGAUCUAUACUGAAGCCUCUACUUUAAACACAAACAGAAAUUGAAAUUUACUUAAACUAUAGAACCAAAUAACGUUUAACUACUAAGUUUUGAAGUCUUGCACUGGAUAUUUUCAAAAUCUUGACACAGUUGUUGGUAGAGGCUUAAAUCACAAAGGGGACUAAAUAUUGUGAAAAUAGCACUUUUUAAAGAAAAGACUGGCAGUUUAAUUCAAUGCACCUAAGGUUUUUUUUUAUAUAUUGUAGUUUUUUAAAAAACAUUAAAUGUCAUUGAUUAAGACUCAUCUAGCAUUAUUUUACAGUGGACCAUUUUAUUAUACAGUAGAAUCUUGCUUAUCCAACAUAAACGGGCCGGCAGAAUGUUGAAUAAGUGAAAAUGUUGGAUAAUAAGGAGGGAUGAAGGAAAAGCCUAUUAAAUGUGAAAUUACAUUACGAUUUUACAAAUUAAGCACCAAAACAUCAUGUUUUACAACAAAUCGACUGAAAAAGCAGUUCGAUACAUAGUAAUGUUAUGUAGUAAUUACUGUAUUUACGAAUUUAGUACCAAAAUAUCGCAAUGUAUUGAAAACAUUGACUACAAAAACACUGACUGCGUUGGAUAAUACAGAACGCUGGAUAAACAAAGGUUGGAUAAGUGAGACUCUACUGUAUUCCAGGCUUUCUUUUAAUCUUGGGACAAAUUAAGUUAAAUCAAUUAUAUGGGUUAGAAAUUCCCUAAUCUACAAUGCAGAAGGCUGUUAAUAUCAGAACUUUUUUUUACAUUUUGAAGAUUUUUGAAAGGCAGCGGUAGAAAUAACCUUUGCCCUAUUUCAUAAGUUGUUCUGCUUUUCAUUACUAUAUAUACAGUAAAGUAUAACAUAACUUGCUGAAUACAAAACAGUUGCUUGCAAUCAAAGCUAUGGAUUUCUGCCUAUUCUUACAUUUUUUUAUUAUACAUACAUUUAACAUAGUUCAAAUAUAGUUACACACACCAGAAAGAACACUAAAGCAACCUUUUGUUUUGUUUCCAAAUAAGUACCUGAUUUAGAGUCUGCUAUGUGUAAACUGAUUUCAUCUUUAAAGUUAUAAUAAUGUUAAAUUUUAAGAAACUUAUGCUCAAAUGGGCCACUUCCUCAUUUUCAUCAUUCACAAUUUACGUUCCCUAUGAAAUUGAUUAUUUUUAGUGGAAACAAUUGCUCAUUAAGUAUCAUCAUCCUGUCUUCUGCUGUAAAACCUCUGAUUAGAUACUGUGUAUGUUCUUAAGUCCAUGAACUUCAGCUACUCAUGUGCAAUUGUCUGUAUGGGAAUGGAGUAGUGUUCAUGAUCUGUAUUAUUUACAUCAUCAUAUGGAUGUAUAUUUAUUAAUAAAGUAAUUGCCCUAAUCACCA